AUGGCGGUUGUGCGGGCCUGGCUGGCGCUGAGCUCCGUGGCCGCCGCGGGGCUGCUGCUGGUCUCCGCCCAGGGGGCGGGGCGGUACUCGCGCGCGGCCAACGAGCAGGAGCCCCCCCCCGCCGAGUUCCGCCUCGUCAAGCUGGAGCAGCUGUGGGGGAAGGGCCGCCGGCUUCAUCUCUCUGCUGUGAAAUUGGCUGAGCUGCACAGCGACCUCAAGAUUCAAGAGAAGGAUGAGCUGCGGUGGAAGAAGCUGAAGGCUGAAGGGCUGGACGAAGAUGGAGAGAAAGAAGCCCAGCUCAGGCGCAGGCUGCACGUAAUUAUGGCCAAAUACGGCCUGGACGGAAAGAAGGACGCUCAGCUGGGGGCCACAAACUACAUCAAGGGGGGCCUGGAAAACGACGUCCUGGACGACCCCCGACUGGAGAAGCUGUGGAACAAGGCCAAGGCCUCCGGCAAGUUCUCCAAGGAGGAGCUGGAGAAGCUGUGGAGGGAGUUCAAGCACCACACCGAGAAGGUCCACGACUACAAUCUCUUGCUGGACACCGUCAGCCGUACAGAAGAUUUCUCCAAGAACGUGAUCCAGCCCCUGGAGGAGGAGGCGCUGAAGGAGGAGCUGCUGCAGCACCAGCACCGAGAGCUGAAGGAGAAGAUGCAGAGCAUCAGCCAGGGCUUCGAGCGGCUGCGCAGAGUCAGCCACCAGGGCUACGACGCCUCCAGCGAAUUUGAAGAGCCCCGAGUGAUUGACUUGUGGGAUAUGGCAAAACUCGGCAACUUUACAGAGCAAGAACUGGAUUCACUUCGGGAGGAGCUGAAGCACUUUGAGGCCAAGGUGGAAAAGCACCAUCAUUACCAGAAGCAGCUGGAGAUCUCCCAGGAGAAGCUGAAGCACGUGGAGGGGACUGGCGACAAGGAGCACCUGAGCAGGAACAAGGAGAAGUACAGCCUGCUGGAGGAGAAGACCAAAGAGCUGGGCUACAAGGUCAAGAAGCACCUGCAGGAUCUGUCGGGCAGGAUCUCCCGAGGGCUGCAGCACAAUGAACUCUGAGACUGCUUGCCAGAGCGGAGCC